CGCAUCAGUUAGAGAACUUUGAGAAGUUCAACACCUUCAGAAUAAAAGUGGAGUAGAAAGCACCAAGGACACUGGAAACUGAGAAGAACUGAAUAAUUUCCAGAAUGAGUCAAGCUGAGGACAGCAGUAACUACUCAACCUGGAAUAUUGUGAGGUCAGUAGUCUGCAUAAUACUGAGCCUCUCAUUUAUUAUUGGGACCCCUGGAAAUUGCAUUGUCAUCUGGACUGUCUGUAGAAAAAUGAAGCAAGUGUCUCCUUCAGUCCUGCUGAUCUUGAAUCUGGCCAUUGCAGAUGUCCUUGUACUGUUUACUUUGCCAAUUUGGAUUUACUCCUUUGCUGACUCAUGGGUUUUUGGAGUAAUCUUCUGCAAAAUCCUGGUUUUCAUUAUUUACUGCAGCAUGUAUGCUAGCAUAUUUCUAAUUACAGCACUGAGCUUGGAGCGGUUAAUGGCUGUGUUUUACCCUUUGACAAUUCAAAGAUACAAAACAAAAGAAAGAAUUUCUUUAGUCAUGUUCCUCAUUUGGUUCCUGUCUGUUGCUUUUGGCAUUUCUAUCAUUCCAUUUCAAGAGACAGAAGAAAUGAAUGGUGGACUACUAUGCACAUGUCGCAACUACUCUUCUAACAGGCAGAAAGUGUCAUAUCUUUUGCUGGAGACUCUUGCAGGCUUCAUAAUCCCUUUUUUAAUAAUCUGCACUUGUUACAUCUGUGUUGCAAGAAGAAUAAGCAGAAUGACUUACCAAUCUAAGCAGCGAUCGGAACGGCUCAUUGCCAGAAUUGUAGUGGCAUUCAUUUUAUGCUGGUUCCCUCAUCAUCUCUUUAACAUCCUGGAUAUUAUUUCAAUUCAAAUAGAACUCUCUAAUAAGGAAAUGUCUUUGGCACUGGAUGAUAUUAUAGACAGAGGAGUGUACAUCUCUGGAGCACUUGUAUUCAUCAGCAGUUGUAUUAAUCCUCUGCUUUAUGCUUUUGCUGCACGAAGAUUUCAGAAUCACCUGAGAUUUGCCAAAAUAUCAAAGCUGUUUGAGCAGAUGAGCCAGACUGUAACAGAGGAAGAGAAGAAAAAAAGCUCGGUUGUAAACAAACAAGAUGACACUUUAGUAAGCACCGAAAAUCUCUAACAAGGAACACAGGCAGUGAACAGUGGGAUUCUGGAUCAUUCCUUCAGCAGUUCUUUCUCCUCAUACUCAGUUUCAUUUACGCAGUUGUCCAGGUAAAACUAGAGACAGGUAAAAGUUGUUAGGGUUUGUUUUUGUGUGUUAGAAAAGAAUUGGCAUUGACAACCUAGUUCAGCUUGUAAGUUAGUAUCCACAUCAUUAGAUUAGUACUGUUUCACUGGUGCUGGGAACCUCAGCAAGGUGGCUAGAGCUCAAAGUAUAAAGCAUUUUUACUUUUCAUUACAAUUGUUUGUGAUUUCUUGAAAGUCUCUGUGCAGAAAACAGAAAAGCACUAUCAGGAGAAAACAGAAGUGUUGAAAGUUUAGAACUAUGUUUUCCUCUGGAAAAAAAGAUGCUCAAAAAUCCUUAUGUAAUCUAAGGUUUGAAGAGAACAUGCUCACAUUCCUGAUAUGAGUAAGACUGCUUUAUAAAUAUACUGAUGACACAAAACUUUUGGGUAGAUGGGAAAUAUGAAGUUAUUUUUAUUAAUUGCUUUAUUGAGGUUUAAAAGUAAUGCAGGUUGUUUUACAUGGUUGAGCACAUUUACUGAAUUAUCUUGUAUUAAUAUGUUUUAACAAGUAAUAUGUCAAGUGUGACAAGAGGUGUGAGAAUCCUCUGUCAUAUGACCAACAUGGUUACAGACUUCAUGCCAUAUUUGAUGUCAAAUACAUUGCAUAUUUCAAGGGCAAUUAAACUAUUGAUAUAUUAAAUAAACACGAGUAUCCUCAAAAAGUUUGAUCCAGUUAAGCUUCCAAGAUGCCUACUAAAUUAUGGAGGAAUUGAAUCAGGAUCUGGUAGGAGAGGAGAGUUCCUUGAUACUGUUUUUUAUGUGUAAGAAAGUUAUGGUAGCAAAGUGUCUAAUAUCAUAAGAACUUCACCAUGCAAAUAAAAGCAUUAUUUUUUGCUUUUGUAGCAUAGAGUGGACUUUGCCUUAAGGAACUGCUAAAUUUAGCACUUGCAAAGACCUUAUUUUAGUUUUGUGAAUGUGUGCAAGCUCACUGUGAAAAAACUGCAUGCAUCAAGUAUUUGCUUUCAAAGUUGUUUUCAUUUCAGUUGUGCCUAACAUUUUUUUAAUGCUCAUUCUUGCUUAUUUUUAAGUCAAUGAUUUGUAGUAAGAUCAAGAUAACAGAUUGCUAAGAAAUAGGUUUUAAUUUCCUGCACAUUGUUCUGGACAGCUGCUAAAUAGCUGUUACUAAUCUUUACAAAGAAAUUGCACAUACUUAAAUAUAAGUGGAUUUUCUAAAUCUAAUUAUGUAACAACCAAGGAUGUUCAAGUUGUAUUAAUUUAGCUUGUAAACUGAAAUAAACAUAGGGAAGUAAUCCUUAACUGUUAAUGGGAGAAUAUUUCUCUAAACUUUGCAUAUGUAUUUGUUAUUCCUGCUUGUUAUGAAAAGUAUUUUGUUGUUUUUUUCUUCUCAAUAGGAAAAAAGUCCACACCAUAAAGGGCUUUCCAUCAAUAGGACUUCCUCACUGAAAUUAAAGCAAAUAAAACUUUGGCAAGACCUUGUUUGCAGCAAAGAAUGACUGAAUUUUUCCCUUGGGAUAUGCAGUGAAAAUUGAAGUAUCUCUUUGGUCCACUGUUUUGAUCUCCUGAAAACGUGUCUCAAAGUAAUAAGAAACCUUCAUCCUUUUGUUAAUGGGAUCAUAAGCU